AGAUUCUCCCCUUCGAAGUGCAGUGUGUGUCAGUGUCUGGAUGAGUGCUUCAGGGAAGAGUCUCCUGGGCCUGUGGCUCUACAGGAGCGGCGAGCAGGAGUGGGCCGUCAAGCAGGGCAGUCCAUUGCAUCAAAUCAAAAAGGAAUCCUCCUCCUCGGCUGCUGCUGCAUCCAAGGGGCAUGCAAAUCUCUCGCGUCACGCAUCGGCUCCCAGCGACAAGCCGCCGCGCUUGGCCAUCGGUGGCCCCGUGGAUUCCUCGCGUCAGCACUCGCCUGGCGAACGCAUUUCCAUCAUUUUCACACUUCGCAAUCAGGUGGGAAAUCUGGCGCGUGCCCUGCAGGUCUUCCAGGAGCUGGGCAUCAAUGUGCUGCACCUGGAGCUGUCGCCGCUGGAGAUGGCCACCAAUCAGGCGGAUGUGCUCGUGGACGUCGAGUGCGAUCCCCGUCGCCUCGAUCAGGUGGUGAAGAUGCUCAAUCGGGAGGUGGCAUCCGUCAGUUAUACGUCCGUGAAUGCCAGUCACAUGUCGCGAGCCCCGUCGCUCUCCGCUUGCUCCAGUUUUGAUUUCGGGGACAUGGUGUGGUUUCCGCGCAAGAUCUCCGACCUGGACAAGGCCCAGAAUGUGCUCAUGUAUGGCUCCGAUUUGGAUGCCGACCAUCCGGGCUUCAAGGAUCCCGUGUACCGCAAGCGACGCGAACAGUUCUCGGCCAUAGCCAACAAUUUCAAGCACGGCAAUCCCAUUCCACGCGUGCAGUACACACCUGAAGAGGUGAAAACUUGGGGCACCGUUUUCCUUGAGCUGCAUCGCCUCUACGUGUUGCACGCGGUGCCGGAGUACAUGGAGAACUGGCCGGAGCUGGUCAAGUACUGUGGCUACCGCGAGGACAAUGUGCCCCAGCUGCAGGAUGUGAGUGUUUACCUCAAGCGCAAGACGGGCUUUCAGCUGCGACCCGUCGCUGGGUAUCUGUCGCCGCGGGACUUCCUCUCGGGCCUCGCCUUUCGCAUCUUUCACUGCACGCAGUACAUUCGGCACUCCUCAGAUCCAUUCUACACACCCGAACCCGACUGCUGCCACGAGCUGUUGGGGCACAUGCCGCUGCUGGCCAAUUCGAGUUUUGCUCAGUUCUCGCAGGAGAUUGGCUUGGCCUCGCUGGGCGCGAGUGAUGCAGAUAUUGAGAAGCUGGCAACGCUCUACUUCUUCACGGUGGAAUUUGGGCUGUGCAAGCAGGCGGACAGCAGCUUCAAGGUGUAUGGUGCAGGUCUCUUGAGCUCUGUGGCGGAGCUGCAGCAUGCCAUCACCGCGGGACCCAAGAUCAAGAAGUUCGACCCGGAAUUGACGUGCAAGGAGGAGUGCAUCAUCACCUCCUAUCAGAAUGCCUACUACUACACGGACUCGUUCGAGGAAGCCAAGGAGCAGAUGAGAGCCUUUGCUGACAGCAUUCAACGUCCGUUUGGUGUGCGCUACAAUCCCUAUACCAUGAGCGUGGAGGUGCUGUCCAACGCCCAGAAGAUCACGGCAGUGGUGAGCGAACUCAAGGGUGAUCUGAGCAUUGUCUGCUCCGCGCUGCGCAAGAUCUCGGCCACCGAUGACAAUCUGGAUGUGGAGUGCAUAGCCAACAUGCUGCACAACAGCCUCAAUGUGCGUGGCGGGGCAGCAGCUGGCAGCAAGGCCAGCAGUCCCGACAACUCGGACAACUCCACGGCAGAGGAGAACUAAGGGAAGGAACAGCAGAAGGAUACGGAAUAUUUGGGACCAACGCAACUACAAUACAAUCGAAAAUAUAAUCUAUAUGAAUGUCUCUUUGUCUAUAAACUAAUUGUUGUUUA